AUGGGUGAUGACUACAAGACAUCGAAGGAGGCGUUCGUCUCGGGCAUGACAGGUUCCAGCAUUGGCCACGUUAACAUGGUAUCCCUUGCCGCUCUCUCCUCCAUGGCACUCCAUUCAGCCCUAAGAACACGACUUCCUCAGAGCAAGUCUAGCUUUCUCUUGGAUCUCGUCCUAUUAGGAACCCCACUCCUUCUCUCCGUUACUUUGUCUGCCGAAUCUCCUAGCUUCCUUAAUUUAGCAUUGCUUAUUGUGACAGGAUUGGUACUCCUCCUGCCGCGUAGAGACACUGGGCCCCCUCUUCCUUCAACAGUUUCGUCAGACGAGAGGUCUGCAAGCGUGCAAGACCGAACGGCUGAAGAGACACCACAGAUCAAAGUUCCUUCUGGCCCAGUUAUUGCCCCGCUUCCCGCUUUAACAACAUAUCGCUCGCACAUGCUGUUAAUGACAUUUACGUGCAUUCUUGCGGUCGACUUUCCUGUCUUUCCGCGCAUGCUGGCCAAGUGUGAAACGUUCGGUGUAUCUCUAAUGGACUUGGGCGUCGGCUCAUUUGUGUUUUCUCAAGGCAUUGUAUCCGCCAUACCGCUCAUCAAAAACCCCUCCUAUCUGAAGAAUCCACUGAUACCCAAAUUGGUUACUGUCCUACGAAAAUGUUCACCCCUUCUAUUUCUGGGUCUGAUACGUACCUUAUCAGUAAAGGGCGUAGAAUACCCUGAGCAUCAAACUGAAUACGGAACACACUGGAAUUUCUUUAUUACGUUGGCGGUUGUGCCGUUUCUACAGGUUUUCUUGCAUCCACUCAUGUUACGAUUUCCCAUCUCUCUUUUGGGUGUCCUCGUUGCGUUCUUGCACCAGUUAGCAUUGAACGCUGGCCUUAGGGAUUUCGUUAUGAACGCUCCUCGUGUCAGCAUCAUCAGUGCAAACAAGGAGGGAAUCGUUUCAUCAAUAGGUUACUUGGCGGUCGACCUUCUCGGCCUUUCUGUUGGCACGCUCGUACUUCCAGCAACACCGUCUUACUUCCGACGGCGCCAACAGGAGCUCAUAGAGCCUCUGUCGCGCCCAACAACUCCUCGCGCUAAUGACUUGAGUGACUUGGAUAGCGAACGUGCGAAGGGAUCAACGCGCCGAGGCUUGACGGAGACACAUGCGAAACGAGAAAACGACAAGACGGCAAUUGAACUUUGCUCUUAUGCCGUCCUAUACUGGGUGCUUUUGGGUGCGUUGAAAUAUGUUAAUGCCGGUGAAGGCAUUUCGCGUCGACUCAUCAGUAUUCAAUACAUCAUCUGGGUUGCUGCGUAUAACACAACGUUCCUCCUUGGGUAUCUCGUGCUUGACCUGGUGUUCUUCGCAUCGCCGUUUUCUAAGUCCACCUACUCUCCCUAUUCGAAACUCAAGGUUCAGCCGAAUCCCUUGACGUACAUCAAGCACGACGACCGGAAACAAGAAGUUGUGAGGAGUGCUCCCGCGCUUCUCGAGGCCAUAAACAAGAAUGGUCUUGUGUUAUUCCUCAUGGGCGCGGGUAUGUGGACACUUCCUUCAACCUUUGCUCUUACAAGCUUCACAUAUCCAUAUAAAACACUCCUUGCUAGAAGCUCUGCCCUCGAACAUCCUCUCUACCUACCCUUGCUCUACCAAAUAUUCGACACGGUGACAGCGUUCUUCGCUGCAGCCAUAACUCCAACGUUCGACGAUAUGUACAACUGCGAUAGGACAUGUGUCAAGCAUUGCACACCCGCUUUCUCCCCGCGUGCUCUCUUCAGACGGCUACACUUCCGUUCAGUGGACAAGGAAACUAUGGUUAUGGUAAAACGGAAGUCGUUACGGGGUGCAGCGUCGUGA